CUCAUCCGGGUGUUUACGGUUCCCGAUUGGCGACCCGUCGCCAUAUGUCUGACAUUAUUUAGCUGAAGCAAAAUUUGGGUUAAAACCCAUUUAUUCAUCCGUUUUCCUCUUUUGGAGAGCGGCUAACGCCUUGUGGGGCGCAACACUUCCCACGCCAAGGAAAAUCGGCGCUUUUCAAGGGGCGAGGCCCCGCUUUUUGGGCACUUGUUUUUUUGUGUUAGCACACAGCUUUUUUUACUGAGACAUUUGGAUUGUGUCUCUCUGUUUUUCUCUCGGUUUGUUUGUGGUCAAGAUGUCGCCGUAAUGGGGUCUCCGCGUUUGACAGAAAUGAAUAAGGGCCUUUGUCGCCUGACCUGCAUUCGCAACAACCCGUUGUUCUCCCCGUUUACCCCGUUUAAUGCUAGAGAGCUCGGAGGCUCUCGCCCCGGAGUUCGGCCUCAAUAUGGAGAAAAACCCAAACGCCAACAACAGCAGCAGCACGAAGAUCCCGCCCCGUUCCAGCUCUACAGGCCCGACUCCUACAGACUCUAAAGCCAAAACAGAUGGUAAGAAUAAUGGGGGCUCAAAGCGCUAUAGCCGCAAGCGUGAGCCCACUUUUGCCAAGGCUGAGAGCUUUCCGGGCCCACGCCGCUCCCAGCCACAUAAAAGCAAGAAUUUUGACAAGAGACCCCCUCAGAGAGGUGGCGGAGGGGGCCGACAGUAUGGACUCGCUGGUGGUGGGAGACGAGAAGAGGUAGCAGAGAACCGCCGGGCAGAGUUUAGCCCGGCUCAAUUUGCUGGACCCAAAAAGAUAAGUCUGAACCACCUGCUCAACUUUACGUUUGAGCCACGAGGAGGCCAUUUUGGCUCCGGAGGUGAUGGCCACUCCUGCUGGGGUCGCCGCAACAAGUGGGGUCACAAACACAAGCCCUUCAACAAGGAGCUUUUUCUGCAGGCUAAUUGCCAGUUUGUGGUAAUUGAUGAUCAGGACUAUCAAGCCCACUUUACUGAUCCGGACACUUUGGUGGACUGGGACUGUGUGCAGCAAGUGCGCAUCUACAGUCAUGAGGUGCCGUCUUGUCCGAUCUGCCUGUAUCCCCCUGUGGCGGCCCACAUCACGCGCUGCGGCCACAUCUACUGUUGGCCAUGCAUGCUGCACUACCUCUCUCUGAGCGAGAAGAGUUGGUCCAAGUGCCCCAUUUGCUAUGAGGCCGUGCACAGCGCUGAUCUCAAGAGUGUGGUUGCAAUGGAGACACGUCAGUAUGUGUCCGGUAACGUCAUCACUAUGCGUCUGAUGCGGAGAGAGAAAGGAUCGCUGGUGGCUCUUCCCAGCUGUCAGUGGGUGAAGGUGGAAGAGCCCAUUCAAUUUGGAGAUGUGCAUCUGCGUGCAUACUCUAAGCUGCUGCUGGCGUCUCAGGAGCAGGUUUUGGGUUUGCUGGCUGAGGAGAGGGCAGCUCUCCAAACCCAGCUCAGCCAAGAGAAAGAUGAUCCACAGGCCUGUUUCAUACAGAGCGCCUUACUGCUGCUGCAGGAGCGUGAGGAGCGUCUUUUGAAGGGAGGCUGUAAAGAUGGUGGUUCUGUUGAUGGGGUGGACAUGAGGAAAUUGUCUCUGUCUGAUCACUCCUCUCCAGAGGUGACUGUGGUCAAGAGCCUCACAAACCCAAAGCCCAUCCUGCAGUAUGCCUCAGCGUUUGACGACGAGCUUCAGGAGGGUCACGAGGAGCCGGUGGAAGAGAUGGUUGCUUGGAGUGUUCCUGAGGUGGCUGAAGAGAUGGCUGAAGGAGCUGUGGAGGAGAAACCUGUAGAAGAGACCCCUCAAAACAGUCAGGGCGCUCAUCAUGGCCCGUAUUAUUACUUCUAUCAAGCUGAGGAUGGUCAGCAGAUGUUUCUGCACCCAGUGAACGUGCGCUGUCUGCAGAGAGAGUACGGGAGCCUGGAGAACAGCCCUCAGUCCAUCACCGCUACCGUAGUGGAGAUUGACGGACAGACUGUCACCGAGGAUAUUCGCCGUAGGCAUCGUUAUCUCUCUCACCUGCCCCUAACCUGUGAGUUCAGCCUGUGUGAGCUCAACCUUCAGCCACCCGUUCUCUCCAAAGAGACCCUGGACAGCUUCGCAGAUGACUUGGAGAAACGCAAGCGCCUGAGGCAGAAGAAAGCGAGGGAUGAAAAGAGAAGGGAGAAGAGAAUUGAAAUCGAGGAAAACAGGAAACAUGGGAAAUAUCCAGAGGUGCACAUUGGGCUGGAGAACCUCCAGCAUUUUCCUGCUUUUGGAUCUCCUCCUCAGAGCAGCUCACAGAUGCAACUCCCAGAGUUCCUGCUGGGACCCCCGUCUCCUCUGAGCAGCAGCCCUUCAGAUGGAGUGAUGUUUCCUACUCUGAGUGAGCACAGUCCAUCUCUGAGUGUAGUCGGUGUUGAAGAAGAGACUCCCUGCAUGUCCUUUGCUCAGAUGCUGAAAGAUGGAAAAGCCCGUGUGGAUGCCGGGCCUAAAACCACCCCAAAAAAAGCAGACAUGUUCCUGGCCCCUCCUUUGGCAGAUAGUGAUGGAGAGAGUGACGGCUCUGAUCGCGUCCCAGUACCCAGUUUCCAAAACUCUUUCAGUCAGGCCUUUGAACAGGCUUUGUCAAAGCUGGACCAUGGAAAUCAAACCCCAGCACAGGCUUUACCCAUCCCUGAUGAGAAAGGGGGUAAGAAGAAGAAGAAAAAACAGAAGCUUCUCUUCAGCACCUCUAUGGUCCACACCAAGUAAACACUGAAGUCCACCCUUCACUCCUGUUUCUACCCUCUGCCUUAUUCCUCCCAUAUGCUUAGGUUUCAUUAAGUCCCUCACCGCAGUUUCCCUCUUUUUUUUUUUUUUUUUUUU